AAUAUGUUGUUCGUUUUAUUUUGUGUUUCUUAAAAGCAACGAUCGAUUAAAGUGGAAAAUGUAAUGAGAAAUACGAAAAUCACCUUUCUACACCUGGCUGGGGUGCUACUAAAUUAAUGACUUGCAGUUGUAAGUGCUGCUUAGUUCAUCGACUGAAGGAGCUGCGCGCAUUCGAUUAAAGAGAGUACAACAACAACAACAACGAGAAGUUGCGAAGAUGUUGAGCACGAUGCGCUCGAUCUGUGUCGGUCUGUUGCUCUGCUGCUUGGUGCCAUCGUCUGUGGCCGAUGUUAAUGGCACCACGUCCCCCAUCAUCGGCGUGCUCGCCCAGGAGGUCUAUCCAAAUGGCCUGAUAAGCAGAAACUUCAAUGGCACCAGCUACAUAGCCGCCUCCUAUGUGAAGUUCGUGGAGGGCGCCGGCGGGCGGGUGGUGCCCAUUGGCAUUGGACACAAUCGCAGCUACUACGAGCAGUUGCUCAAGAAGAUCAAUGGUCUACUGCUGCCUGGCGGCGCGACUUACUUCAAUGAGACAGACGGCUAUGGCGAUGCGGGCGAGCACUUGAUAGCCGUGGCCAAGCAGCUGAAUGAUAACGGCACUUAUUUUCCGGUGUGGGGCACGUGCCUGGGCAUGGAAUUGCUUGUCCUCAAAAUGGCAAAUAAUACGGAAACGCGCUCGAAUUGCCAGUCCAUAGGACAGGCUCUGCCACUGGAACUGAAACCGGACUACAGAAAGAGUCGUUUGUUUGCCGGCGCCAGCGAGGAGCUCAUCGGGAAGCUGAGCAAUGAGAAUGUCACCUAUAAUUUUCAUCGUUACUGCUACACGCAGCAGAGCUUCACUGUGCCCAAAUUGAACAACUCGUGGCGCAUCAUGUCCCUCAAUCAUGACGAGAAUGGCCUGGAAUUUGUGUCCAGCAUUGAGCAUCUGACUUAUCCCUUCUAUGGCGUACAAUUUCAUCCCGAGAAACCGCUCUACGAGUUUGUCAGCAACAACGUGCCGCACACCCGCUCAGCGGUGCAAAGCUCGCAGUAUUUCGCCGACUUCCUCAUCAACGAGGCGCGCCGCAAUUCCCACAGUUACACCAAUGCCACAGAGCAGGCGCGUUCGCUGAUCUACAACUACAAGCCGGAGUAUACUUCGAUAUUAGGCUCCAGCUAUGUGCAGCAGUAUAUAUUCGGGCAGCCGGACUAUUCCUAUUACAAGGGCCGCAAUGCUGCUGCAACUCAACUCAACGAAUUUCAUUUGAUUUUCGCAUUUAGUUCGACUGUUCUGGCCAUGCUAAUUCAACUUCUUUGCGCGUACUAAUGUCUAUUUGUGGAUUACGAUUGUGCUGACAUCUACUAGAGUUGUUCUCUGUCAC